AUGAAAACUACUUUACACAAUCGCCAAAACCCGUCACGCCGCCAGAAAUCUUCGCUCCGCUCGCUGACAGUAUUGGCACUUGCACUAUUACCAUCAUCAGUAUCUGCCCAAAUCUGCGCAAACUUUAACACAGGCGACGACUCCACUCUUAGUGUCAGUAUCUACCAGUCCAAUGGACUCUGUCAAAACGCGUGCACGGGUUACGCUUACGCUAUUCUACAAAACAAACAAUGCUGGUGUUCUGACUAUUCACCAGCAACAUCAAACCGUGAAGACUCUUCGGCGUGUAGUGAUCCUUGUCCUGGAUACCCGUCAGACCAGUGCGGCAGUCUAGAUAACAACUACUAUUACUACAUUUUACUAGCAACGCCAAAGGGCACAAUCACUUCCAAUGAUGCGACGUCGUCAACAACGUCAACAACAUCGUCUUCGGUCGAAUCGUCGUCAUCUUCUUCAGAAUCUAAUUCUACAUCUUCAUCUUCAUCUUCAUCUUCAACUACAUCUACAUCUACAGACCAAACUACAUCCACAGACCAAACUACUUCAUAUCAGUCCUCGUCGGACCCAACAUCUUCCUCGAGUCCUAUACAAGUACCAUCUACAUCAGAUUGGACUUCAUCUUUAUCUUCCAUUUGGACUACUUCAUCAUCAUCAUCUACUUGGACUACUUCAUCUACUUCAACCUGGAGUCCAACAACCACAUUAUCAUCAUCGUCAACAACAUCAACAACAUCAACAACAUCAACAACAUCAACAACAUCAACAACAACAACGUCAUCAUCAACGUCAUCUCCAACACCUACCCCAUCAACAACAUCAACAUCCUCCUCUACUCAAACAACAUCCUCAAUUUCCUCUUCCUCGAUAGAAUCUUCAACUCAAUCACCUUCCCUACUCAUAUCCGUUCUGACAGUCACAGGAACCCCCCAAACCCUUACCAUCACUGAGAGCUCCGGCCCAUCCUCUUCUGCUACAUCUUCAAUUAAUGUCUCUUCCGACUCAGACAUACUCAACUCUCAAGCUUCCUCCUCUUCCUCCUCUUUAACAUCUACUGCUAGUGUUGCUGCUCAGCAAUCUCCAACAGUCAUCCAUAGUAACUCUUUCUUUAGCAAUAAAGGUGCCGUGGCUGGUGUUUUCACCGUCGUUGGUAUUCUCGUCGUGCUUAUCCUUUGCGUUCUCUUUUACUUUUGGUACCGUCACCGCCAACAAAAGAAGGCUGCAGCAGAUGCUGGCAUUUUGGGCCAUUCGCCUAGCGGCAAGGGCUCGCCAUCAUCCUUUUUCGAAUCAAAGGGACCUUUCCCAGGUGUUAAUGUCAUUCCACCGGCUCCAACAAGUACACGCGGAGAAUCCUUUUCAGAGUAUGGUGGUGUUGGCAUUGCAGCAGGCGGGAUGGGUUCGCGGCGCAUGGGAGGCCUAUCUAGAGAUAAUAGUGGCUCUUCACUAGAUGAAAAACUUUACGGAGGAGGAUCUACUCUUGUACCUCUGGAGGUUGAUCAACGUUUGGAUCCUGGCGCGGUAUAUAUGCGUUGGGACAAUAAUGAUUCUCGGAGGAGUUUACAGGACGAGCAUGAUUAUAGCAGAAAGGUAUUACGGGUGAUUAACCCGGAUUAUGGCCGUGAUAGUCUUGAAAACAACAUGCGACGACCUUGA